ACACACACACCUGUUGGACCGCACGUGACGUCACGGAUGCGCGCGGGCGGUAUUUCCGCAAGUUACGUAACGACGGAGAAACGGAGGCGUCUUUGAAAUGUCCGCGACAUGACGUUUACCGCGUGUCCCUGCAAUAACGAUUAAACGCGCCAAGAUAAGUCGGCGUACCCGGAAGUUGCCUGUCGAGAUAACGCUAAUACAGGUAGUUUUCGGAAAAGCGCUGCAAGGUUCAACGGCGGUGAUGGAAUUUUAAACGGUUCUGCGGUGUUUCUGCGGACCACUUAGGUUGUCAAUGCAACGCUUCCAAUCUCCGUGAUUUUAUUAAUAAUCGUUUUUGUUGCCCAUGUAUGUGUUUUCCUUGCGCAUUUGGGCAGUUUUUAUGCAGUUUCUUACUAGUUUCGCAACUAGAAUUUAUCGAUCGCCGGAUAUUUUUCACACGCGUAGUUUACGCGCGUACAUUUCGAGUGCGGCACUGACGUGUAGCGCGUUAUCUUUCGCGGAGUGCCUUCUUCCUGUUCCCGGACGCCGUCGCCGUCGCGCUUAAAAUCGAAUUAGUCGCGGAAAUUUCGACCGCGUCACCGCCGCUCGCGCGGCAAAGCGCCAUUAAAUAACGAUAAUUAGCCGGACCCGGGCUAAUCGUCGACAAAAAUCCGUCCGACGGAAAAAAAAACCGCCGUAAUAUCGAACCCGAUUGACGUCAAUUCGUGUUUCCUUAUCGUCGUCCGCGAUAUUCGGGAAAUAAUUAUUACUGUCGAUUCUGUUGCCAGGCUUAGUAUAGCGCGGAAGGCGCUGCUGAUGUAUUCCGCAGCAAAUUGUUCUGGCCUUUUGAUAAUUCGCGUAGCGGGAAUUUUUCGGCGUGCGGUCAAAGGGGCCUCACGGGAAAUCCGCCGCACCUAAGAAUCGCUAAAAGGAUGAAACUAGUACCGGGACCGUUGCCGCCGAUCCCGACCUCCACUAGCACGAGCGGCCCUAUGGAUCGCUUGCCGCUACCGUUGCCGUUCAGUCCGGAUCUCCUAUGGAGGUACCCGUUGACAUUCCCGGCAGUAGGUGGACAUCCGUCGUCUCCUUUGUGGGACUACAAGAGUCAGUUGCCUGCGUCGCUAGCGUCCGACCCCAGAGUGUGGUCGCGCGACGACGUGGUGACGUUCAUCAGGUGGGCGGAGCGGGAAUUCGACCUGCAACCUAUCGACAUGGACAUGUUUCAAAUGAACGGCAAAGCGGUAUGCCUAUUGACGAGGACCGAUUUAGCCGAAAGGGCCCCAGGUUCGGGCGACGUGCUGCACAACGUCCUGCAGAUUUUGGUACGUGAGGCAAAUAACCUCCAACGGAUCCUGCCGAAUAGUCCGAUAACGCCUACGUCGCGGCACCCGUACCCUUUGUCGCCACAUACCACCCAACCGCCCACUCCCACUUGGAACCUCGUUGCUCAAGGAGACUCUGCGUCCUUCCAUUCGUCGCAUGCGGCCAGUUUAGCGGCCCAUAUAAUGGCUCAGAGUAAUUCGGUGACGCUGAGUCCGGCACCGUCUCUGGACAGUCAAUCGGGGAGUCCUCAGCACGCUGAUUUACCCCAAACUUUCGGCCAUUCGAUUUUUAAUAGCGCGAAUGGUAGCGGUUCCAACGGGAGCGGUUCCAAUCCGUCCGAUUCCGACGAAGAUCCGAUGGACUCGAAAACCGGUUACGUGGGAAGCCCGCCCAGUACGCCGGGUUACGUCGGCAUGAGUCCCAUGUCGCUGCUGACCCCUAGAAGUCCCAAGUUGGAGUCUGUGUCCAGUCCGGGUCUGUACAAGAGGGAGUUUUUCGCCGGGGAGUCUCCGGAACCAAACACCAACGGCAGACUGCUUUGGGACUUCCUGCAACAGUUACUCAAUGAUCCAUCUCAGCGGUACACGAGCUAUAUCGCGUGGAAGAAUCGCGAAACGGGCGUAUUCAAAAUCGUGGACCCCGCGGGCCUCGCCAAGCUCUGGGGAAUCCAGAAGAAUCACCUCUCGAUGAACUACGACAAGAUGUCGCGGGCGCUUCGCUACUAUUACCGCGUCAACAUCCUGAGGAAAGUCCAGGGCGAGAGACACUGUUACCAAUUCCUGCGCAACCCAACCGAAUUAAAGAACAUCAAAAAUAUCUCUCUGCUGCGCCAACAGAUGUCGCCGACUUCGACGAAACCUCCUCAGAUGCAGCUGAUGGCGGCGAUCAAACCGGAACCGGUCGAAUCGUCGAUACGAGUGACGGAGGUGUCCGAAGCCGUGGCGUCCCGUUUAAAGUUGCCCGAACCCUCCCACCACCAGUUGGAAAUGAAGGUGGAAAGUUCGUACGAUGAGUCGCCUACCGAUCUUAGUGUCGACGACGGCCCCACUGAUCUGAGCAGCACGAGUCGCCACGUCAACAUCGUGUGCUCGCCCGAUCCGCCCAUCGCUCAUUAAGCGUAUGGGGGGGAGGGGCAACAAGCAUAGAUGGUGUUUUUUUUAUAUAUAGUGACUUUGGUGCCAAUCGAUUCGAGAUUAGUGCAAUCGACAUUAUGAGGGGAAACUUAUGUGCCAAAAUAAACGACUGUCGUGCAGCAAGCGCGCGCGCAAUAAGGCAGCUUUAAUUUUUUUUCGCUCACCCUGUAUAAUAGCGGAUCGGGAGACGUCUUCGUCGUAAUAGUGGCUUAUUUUUUUCUUAAUUUUUUCGGAAGCCGCGUCCUCAGAAAAAAAGGCGAACACCACAUUCCAGUAACUGUGGCCUCUUUUUGUUUUUUUUCUUCAGCCUUUUGUACAGCAACGAAUUUCAUUUUAGUCGACCCGCUGCCGACGCAUGGCCAAAAUUCUGUGAUCUCUCUUUCAACUCCCCACACCGAGAAGAAACGCGUACCGACCAGAUUUGUGCGCUCGUGAUUUUUAUUUCGGAAGAAAUCUAUUUACCGCGCUGUAAAUAAAUAAUUUAGACGCGGGAUAUACAUUAUAAUUAUAUCGUUCGUAUUUUUUAGGAAAGAAAAAACUUUAUAUUUUAGAUUUUUAAAAACAGGAAAAAAACGUGUACAUAGAACUUUUCGAAUUGAAUAAAUUUGA